AAUCCUAUUGAAAUUCGAAUUUGCCGCAGAUUAUCAUGGCAGAUUGAAAUUGCAUCUGACAAGUGGAGAACGUGACACAAAUGUGCAACACUGAAUGGUCUUGUUUAAACACCGCCCAAGAAGAAAGUAGCUUCCUUAGACAGCCUUAUGAUGCGUUAUUGUUUUAAGAUCGUUGAUGAUCAUUGAUCAAUGGUAGAAUGAAAUGUCCCAGAUGCUGACUUUCCAAAGGUGACUGUUGCAACACAACACGACGCCUGAUCCUCCAAACCAAAACGGAGGGAGGCCAACAUGAGCGGCAAUGCAAACCAGAGGCCUAACAUUCUCAAUUUGGCUGAGAGGACAUCAGUGCCAACCAAGAGGGCGGUCCGGGCCCCCAUGCCCAAGAAGAGGAGCAAAGGGGUACCCCUCUCAGAAAGGGUGACCCUUGAGCGAGUUCUUGGCCUGACAGUUCGAGACAACAGAACCUUUGCUUGUGACCCAACCACGGGCCUGGUGGUGUACCCAGCUGGAUGUGUCAUAGUGCUGUACAAUCCCAGAAGGAACAAGCAGUCCCACAUAUUCAGUCAUUCCAGAAAAACGAUAACAGCUCUUGCCAUUUCCGGUGAUGGUAAAAAUGUUGUUUCUGGAGAGUAUGGUCACAAGCCAGCCGUGCGUGUCUGGGAUGUCGAGGAGAGGACCCAAUUGACGGAAUUGCACGGGCACAAAUUUGGCAUCAACUGCGUGGCAUUUUCACCCAACCUGAAGUAUGUGGUAUCGGUGGGGGAGCAGCAUGACAUGGUCGUCAAUGUGUGGAAUUGGAAGGACGGCAGCAAGCUGGCCGCUGGCAAAAUAUCUGUCAAGGUGGCUGGGUUUUCUUUCUCAGAAGAUGGCAGUCGAUUUGUGACUGCAGGGAACAGAAGCAUCAGGUUUUGGUACAUGAGCAGUAAGAGCAGGACGAGAGAAACGUUUCCUCUGAACAGCCGCGCUGGCCUGCUCGGGGAGCAGAGAAACAACAAUUUCUGCUCAGUGGCCUGCGGGCUUGGCGCCAACCAGUCCAAGACAUACGCGGUCACCAAGUCGGGUCUUCUCUGUGAGUUCAACGAGCAGCGACUGUUAGACAAAUGGGUCGAGCUGAGGACCUCAAGUGCUUACUCGAUUGUCGCGAGUGAAGAGUAUCUCUUUGUCGGUUGUGCGGAUGGAAUUGUUCGUCUGUUCAGUACUUCCACGUUAAACUUUGUGGCCACGCUUCCACGACCGCACUUCUUGGGUGUGAACGUAUCCGAUGGAAUCGACCCAAGUCACAUGAUCACCCACCGAGAGAACGCAAGAUACCCAGCGGCCAUUGCAAUAACUUAUGACGACGUCAGCAAGAAAGUAACCUGUGUCUACAAUGACCACAGUUUGUACGUGUGGGACGUCCACGACGUCAAGAAGAUUGGCAAGCAGCGCUCCUUCCUCUACCACUCCUCCUGCAUAUGGGGUGCGGAGGUGUACCCCUCGCUGAUUGCUGGGGACAAGGAGGCCCUUCCUCCAGGGUCCUUCCUUACUUUUGCCUCGGAUGACACCAUCCGGAUAUGGAAUGUUGAUCCCGCGAUGAACACCGACACGUUCAAGAGGAAUAUCUACAGCAAUGAGCUUCUGAAAGUCAUUUACGUAGAUGAUCAGCUUGAGCACCUGUGCAGCACGGGCUCCACGGCCUCGGACAAGGCAGAGUCGGCCACGGAAGGCAAGAACGGCAUCCGCUGCAUCAGCCUCAGCGCUGACGGUCAGUUCCUGGCCUCGGGGGACCGGUCGGGCAACGUGAGGGUCCACGACAUGCAGUUCAUGGACGAGGUGCACAAGAUUGAGGCCCACGACUCGGAGGUGCUGUGCUUGGAGUUCUCAAGACCCGAGUCAGGAUACUACCUAUUGGCCUCAUCAAGUCGAGAUCGGUUGAUCCACGUCUUCAAUAUGCAAGAAGAUUGUUCCCUGGUUCAGACUCUAGACGACCACUCGUCAUCCAUCACAGCUGUCAAGUUCACUCAGUGCAAUGACAGGCUUCAGAUGAUCAGCUGUGGAGCUGAUAAGGCACUCAUGUUCAGAGUGGCAACACAGAAUCCAGACUUUGAGUUCAUCCGCAACCACCAUGUUGUCGGCAAGACAACGAUAUACGACCUGACGGUGGAUCCCACGGAGAAAUAUGUGGCUACUGCCUGCCAGGACAGAAAUAUCAGAAUCCACAAUGCUGUGACCGGCAAACUAAAGCGAACCUACAAGGGUUCACAAGGCGAGGACGGGACACUGAUCAGGGUGGAGCUGGACCCAUCUGGGAUGUACAUAGCCACCAGCAGCUCCGAUAAGAGCGUAGCCAUCUUUGAUUUCUACUCUGGGGAGUGUGUGGCAACCAUGGACGGUCACUCCGAAUUGGUAACGGGCAUUAAAUUCACCAAUGACUGCAAGCAUCUCAUUUCAACAUCUGGAGAUGGGUGCAUCUUUGUGUGGCGGCUGCCAUGGGGCUUCACACACAACAUGAAGGAAAGACUCAACGAGAUGGGCCAACACAUGAAGGAAGCCCCUUCAUAUCCACAGCUGAGACGGGGCACCUUUGUCAUACCGCCCGAGCUUGACCCAAAGGUCGCCGCCAUAGAAACCAGAAGCAAUACCCAUAGAGCAACGAUGUUGGUCAACAAAGGAAGCAAGCUCGUUGCCGGAGAUGGUGAAGAAGAGCAGGAGGAGGAGUAUGAGGAUGGAGAAGGGCGAGAUGAGACUGACUGGCAUGCAGGACCUAAACUAGACAGCACUGCAGACCUUCCCCUGUGGGCAAAGAAACAGGUGUGUGGAGAGGACCUACCCAGCCCGACCACCUACAGCAACCCAGCCCAGCCUAGAGGCCGCUGGGCCCAGCGCCUAGACUCCAAGGGCUUCAAGGUGAAGUCUGAAUGGGACGCCCACCGUGAUAUCGAGCUCAAGCUGGAAGACGGCAUAGAUCGUAGGCGUUACACCGUGGAGCCAGAGAACCUGGCCGAGCAAGUAAGACAUUUUGCCCUUUUGCAAUCUGCUGCAGUAGCAGAACAUGAGAGGCUACAGAGUUCGCUGCUCAUAACGGAUGCAGAAGACUUUGUGUCUGCAGAAGAAGGUUUGGCCGGCCUCGAGGACCAGAGAAAUGCCUCAAAUCCUUUGCUGCAAGGCUUUGUGACAUCAGCCCGUGGCAGCGAUCCUUUCCUUCCACCCACCGGCCAUUCCUCCAGCAGCCUGAGCCCUGAUACUCCCGAGGAUGAGGUGAACUCGGCCAAAGAGGAGGACCAAGAAGAGGAAGAAGAAGAAGCUAAUGAGGUCAUCAUCUAUCCGCCCAGCGAGGAGUCUAGCUCCUCCCCUGAGAGUUUGAAAUUUCAGGUGACGGAGUCCACGUCGAGUCUUGAGGAGCUUCAGCGAAGACGGGCGCGGUCAGUCCUCAAGAAGGAGAGCCCUAGAAGCAGCAGGGUCAUAGAGGACCAAGAUCUCACCGAAGUCGAGGGAUCAGAGAGCACUGAGCCAGUAAGCCUGGGCACCAGCGAAGACGAAGAUGAAGGUGAUGAAGACGAAGCUGAAGAGGACGACAACGAAGAAAAAGGUGACCAAGAGAAGACACCCACCGAGAGCGAUCACUCCAACUCCAAGGCCCAGUCUACACCAGGUCAAACUCCCACCACUACGUCCAUCAUUACCCCCACUGACCCCACUGAAGGGCUGAAGACCAACGGUCGAGAUUCCUCGAGUCCCAAACGAGAUGAAGAUGAGGAGGAGGAAGACAAAGAUGAAGAGAGCUUCUUGCACACCAACUACGGCUUCACUGAGCAGGAGAAGUUUGGCAAGUGCCUGGAGCAGCUGCAGUCGGGCUUUGCCUCGGUCGGCCUACACAACGGCAACCAUCAUCGGCUAAGCAUCUCCUCCAAGUUCCUCUCACGGUCACAGCUCAGUCACAUCAGGGGCGUGGCAGCAAGUACACGCCCUCUGCCGUCGUCAUCGGUAGGAGGAGUUACAGCCCAGGUGUACCUACAACGUCGCAAGGAUGUCAUGGCUAAGGCUGUAGAUGAGACUAGAAGGAGACUGCAAUCUAUGGGCUGGAACUCCUUAAGAAGCAAAUCAACAACUACACCCUCAUCCUCCGGCUCCACAACUUCCACCACCCCCACCUCGACACCGACUUCUCCAAACAAGUCGGUCUCGACAGUGACCACUGUCUCAAGGAGUGAGGGGAGUUCGAUGACAGAGGCCUCCCCAGCAGAAGCUGAUGAGCGAUCCCACACUGUUGCAAGUGUCACAGAGUCUCCAAGUGUUGGAGAUGCUCUGCUGAAUGAAAGUGAAGGGAGCCAAAAGGGUCAGAAAGCCUCCGAAGAUGGGAAACAGGAAAUUGAAACUGAUCAGAGAAAGACCGAGAGCACUCCUGUGGUCAGACAACCAGAAAAUGAACCUGCAUUGACCGAGGACUCAAGGGAUAAAACGCAGGAAAAUGGUGUUAUGAUCAACAAAAUGGGAUUAAGGGACAGCAAAGAAACUGAAGAGUCAAAAGCAGUACAAGAAAACAGUAUCACCUCCAGUGGUGAGUCAGCAUCCAAAGCAUCUACAAUCCAACCUGUUACUGGAACCAAGGAUGUUGGAGACAAUAUCAGUAGGUCCAAGUCUCCUUCAACAGUCCCUGCUGAGACUUCAAACUCUCAACAAGUCAGCCAAUCAGAGAGUGUCGUGAGAUCGGAUGACCAAUCCCGCAAUAUGACUUCAACUCCUGACCCUGUCCAUGUGCCCAUCAUCAAGACCAAGAGGCCAGUGUCUGCACCUGUGGAGCCAACGUUUGAGGCGAUAGAGAAGGCAAACAAGGAGAAUCUGGUAAGGUCUUUCAAGUACAACACUCACCCAGGAAGAAGGUCGAUCUCAUCCAGCAGCAAGAGUAAGAUGGACAAGAUGAAGGCCAGGAAGGAUCAACCGGCAACAUCAACUAUGAGGAAGAGUACAUCCAUGUCAGAUCUUCGAGAGGCCAAAUCUGAUGAGGAAAGCAGAUCUGAGUCUCCAAGCUUUAACAUGGUGCUGCGCUCUCACCCCAGGAGUCACAGUGUGGAGAGGAAAAAGAUAAGAGCCAACAGCCCAGCCAGGGAGAAGCAUCGAUCUCGCCCAGACAGAGUCCUCCCCUUGGUCCCCGGCCUCCUGAAACCAAAGUCCUACGAGGUUGGAACAGCCAGCUCCUUAGCCAAAAAGUCUGUGCGUAAAGAUGAGACACCCCCGUCAUCUCCUUCCAGGACAGGUCGGGGGAAAAGAUCAUCAUUUGGAGCACCUGGUGAAGAGUCCAGACAGUCCAAAUCAGGAGGUAGCUCACCAGAAACUCUCCCAGAGACAACAAAGAAUGUUACUCUUCCUGAAAAGCCGUCUGCAAAGGAUGCCCUGGCAGAUAAAACUAAACAACUUGCUGAAGCCGACAUUUCUUCAGAAGCAACUGUAGCUGAUACACAGACUGCAGAUGUAAAAGAUGUACCAAGGUCAUCCUCCCCAUCAUCUGUUGGAUCUCAGAAAGAUGCUGACCUGAGCUCUAACAAAGACCAAGCCGACAAGCUAGCCAUGCCCCCACCCUCCAGUACUACCAUCGCCAAGAGUAACAGAAGCUUACGAAGGUCCUCAGCGACCAGAGUGGAGUUGAGGCAACAACGGCGCCGAGGAUCCUCCUCAAAGACCAAACCUCCUGCAAAUGAUGCUUCCUCGACAGAGGACCAAAAGGUCUCCAGCGACUCAAUCUCCACCUCUGAGACAUCUCAGUCCGAUGCAAGACCCUCAUCUCCCAAGAGCAGGGGAAGCUCCUACAGGGAAAAUCGCAGCAGCAGUUUGAGAGAGGGUCUGUCGCCAAAGACAGCCAGGAAAGCAUCUGCCCCGACCAUCAAAACUGAUACCACAGAGGAAUCCCUGUCAGAUCCAAGUAGACCCCCUUUGAAGUUGAAAAGCUCCAAGGAUAGUGUAAAGGAUGAGAAAACGAGCGAGAAGCCCUCGCCAAGGAGGCGGCGCCGGGAGAGAAACGAAGAGGCCGUUGUCAAUGCCUCCAAUAACAAUAACACAAUGACCCAGCUAGACUCGGUGGAUAAGGUUCAUUCCCCAAGGUCUCGGAGUCGCAGGCGGAGAUCUUUUGAGGCCAGUAAUGCCUCAGAGAGGACAUCUGGUGUCACAUGUGAGGGGACAGUGACAGCAAAGACAUCUGAGACAGAGCAAAGACGUGAAUCUUUGGAGCAAUGCCCGACGUCCACUAUCAAAGAACCAUGUCCAGACAGAGAUUCAUCAGAGAUGACCCUUGACAUGAUGAAAGCCCAAGUGGACACUAUGAAGACAGCAUUUGACCAGUGUCUGGAGCUCUGCGCUAAGGCUCAAGGCACCGACUCACCUGGCAAGAGCCACCAGCAUUUCCUGGACUACUUCGCCUCCACGUUCAGCCUGAUGCAGGCAGCCUCUUCCCCUACCCUCGCUUCUAGGCAAAGCCGCCGACAUCCCAACCUCUCUGUCACUGAUGACACCAUGUCGGACGUCAGCGAGUCCUCGCUGCCCUACGACGACCUCCUGCGAUCAGCCUCAAGCUCCUCGGUUUUCAUGACCACCACCGCCACCACGGUGUCCUCAGCAAGGCACUCUGAGGUGUCGCCCUCAGAGGUGGACGCCCUCAGGGCCUCCCUCAGUUCCUGCCGUAAGACCCCACCGCCCAACGGGAUGACAGGCGAGGUAGAGAUGACAUCAGCCAUUGCCCUACUGGAUCAGUACUCAAGCAUCUUGGUCUCGCUCGUCAGGCAGAAGGUUGGGGAUGAGAUGAGCGAGGAAUCGGCGGCCACACAGACUCAGCGCUCAUUGGACUCGGCAAUUGAAGGCAUUGUCAAUCAGUGAAACUAUGGUUAAUCAGUGUUGAAGUAAAGUCCUUUUCCGAAUCCUCAAAUACACUGAAAUCUAAGUUUGAAUAGUGGAGUCAAGUCAAGAAAGCUUUGCAAAAUGAUUGUGAUGCGUGGAGCUGACAUAGUAUGCACAAAAUGUACAAAUAUUGCAGACUCGAGUCCAAGUCUGAAAUUUUCCGGCAUAUCUUCUUGUUCAAAUGUGCAGAUGCUCACCCAUCGUCCAAUGUAACAAACUCUUUCAUGCCACUCUUGGGCAGUUUCUCAGGCUUAGUAUUUAUUGUUCAUGUAGCUUUCUAUAUGCAGUAGGAAAGGGACUGUACUACAACACUGUGAUAAAGCAUCAUUCAACUCAUUAUGAAGUAUCGUAGUCAAGUAUGGGUAGGCCAGUCUUGUCAACUUUUCAAUAAAAAAAUGUGUUUCCCUUCAGAAAUGUUGUGUUAAAAUCUGCAAAGAUGGUUAAGAAAUAUUGAACAGGGUGGGUAUCACUUAUCCAUCCCAGCCUGCUCCCUAAGCUCAGACAACAGCUGGAAUUUGUAUUGCUUGGCAUAGCAAAGGCUUUUGGCUCAUAACAACUGAACAGAAAUGAAUACCUGAACAGAAAUGUACUUUGCAGCAACAUUUAUAACAUUGGAAUGUUUCAUGUAUUGCACUUUGUCACUAGCUAAACCAAAGGAGGUAAUUGUAUCAUUCAUAUACAGUUGAUUUGUUUAAUAAAGAUCUUUUAGAAGCAUA